AUGACUAGAAGCUUUCAGCUCCUUGCUUUAUGCGCGGUAACUCUCGCGUUACCUAUUGAGAUUUCGAGUGGACAUGCAUUGCUGAGAAGGGACGCUAACACAGUUGGCAGCGAUAUAGUGAAGCCGAAUGACAAAUACCUUCUCGAAAUCAAGAUCGGCUCUAAUGGUGAAGCCUUAUAUCCUAUAGCCGAUAGCGGAUCUCUGGAAGCUUGGCUUCCUAACACAGACGAUUGGGCAGAUCUGUCACUGUCACUCGUUAACCUUGGCAUAGAAUACCAAACUACCUAUGCCAACACCGCGGUGAAAGGCUAUUACGCCAAGGACACACUUGAAAUUGGAUCAUCCGUUCUCAAUGACUUCAUAUUCGGAGUUGUUAACAAUCCCCAAGAUGCUGGCACUAACAGUGGUGGUGUAUUCGGAUUGGGGAAGAGAAAGAAUCUGGCAUAUGAUACUUUACCCUAUGCUUUGAAGGCCGCUGGAAAAAUCGAUAAAACCGUCGCCUCAAUAUACUAUCGCAACUCGGUUAGCAGAGGAAAACUCACCUUCGGGGGAUAUGAUCAAGCGAAACUUGGGUCUACUUGGCAGCUGUUCUCUUCGCCUGGUCAAUAUUGGCAGCUCCCCAUUGAAAAAAUGACAAUUGCAGACGCCGAGAUACUCUCCGACGAUAGCACUAAUUUCAUUAUUGAUUCUGGUGCUGAAAUAUCAUAUUUCCCUCGAGCUUUCCUUGACCAAUUGGCGCCUUUAUUCAAUGCCGAAAGACAAGAUAACGGGUAUUAUUUAAUGUCUUGUGACCAACCAAGUGACAAAACGUUCCUGAUAUCUGUUGGAGACAUCACUUUUGAUGUCCCCUUUAAUCAGUUCAAAUGGAUAAUAGAGGGUUUUGAUGAAUGUUACCUUGGUGCUGGCGACUCAGGUGUAUUUGGUAUGAACAUCUUCGGCAAUACAGUAUUGAGCAGUGUAUAUACACUUUUUGAUUACGAUGCUCAGGAGGUGAAAUUAGCGAAUCUCAAUGAUGUGGAUGACGAGUACAUCAUUGCCGCUUAG